UAUUAUUUAUUUAGGUGCCUUCUCGUACCUUAUCAGCAAUACCUUUAAGAUGAGCAAGGUCAGUCAUAUCAUAUUAAAGGAACAACAAAUAGUUAACCAGUCUAUGAUUGUUGUUCUUUUUUGCCGAUCGUAGUCGUAGUUAAUUGGUCGUCAUUAUGAAAAGUUUUAUUAGUAUUCCAUUAUUUUUAACACUUGCAGUGGUAUUAGGAUCAGUAGGAGCCGAAGUGAAUCCCAAGAAUUGUCUGGAAGCUCAAGUGCUGGACUUAUUGUCAAAAUGGCAAAACGGGGACGAGAAUAUUACAUCUUCAGUUCCUUCAUUGGAGAAUAUAAGUCUAAAAUCAGUGGAUGGCGUGUAUGAAGGUUUCGGGAUAAGAAUCUCAUACACCACCGGAGAAAUGCAACUUCGAGGUGUGAAUAGAUUAAUAGUCGAAGAACUUUCAGUAUCCACUAGUGACUUGGAAGCAUCCACAACUCUCCAUUUUCCACUAUUAUCGUUAACUGCAGAACAAUAUAAUUUAAAAGGGCGCGCGUAUCUGAUGUAUUCUUUGAAAGGGGCAGGCCUGAUGAAUGCGACAUUUCAAAACGUUAAAGUUACUGUGGGAUCGAAGUUAGUCACGAAUGAUACAGUAAUGCAAGUGGAUGAUGUUAACCUGAAUUUUAGUGUUGGAAGCAUCCAGGUUGAUUUAGCAGACAGCUCGUGGCCGAUCAACAAAGUUUUGAACAGCAGCGCGAUGAAGAUUGUGGAGAACCACCGAAAGGAGAUAGUCACCGCGGCUAAAGAUUUUUUGAAACCAGUCGUGAAUGAUUAUCUAGCCACAAUGACGUCCUCGCAGCUGCUGAGCAUAGCGGCAAAAGAUUACUGUAACUUCUCGUUAACAUCUAUUGAUUUUCCAAAAUAAAUUAUGCUGACGAU